AUGCACACUGCAACACACGUUUCCGGCCUCUUCAGCUUGCUCAGAAUUCAUGUUAUCCUCGACGAGUUCACACCUUACCUUCUCCCCCAUGAAAUCCUCAAUUUAGGGCUGUGCUCCAAGAGUUUUCAUAAGAUUCUGUUCAAACAGGCUGGUGCCUUUCGCCAUGUUGACCUUUCCCUAUCAGCCCUCGUCCCCGUCAACCAGUCCCAGCAGCAAGUUUCUCUCCGACGAAGUUACACAGACUUCCUCUCUUCGGCCUUACUAGGGAAGAACACUCAAACACUCAUCCUAGAUGGCCUCCCCAUGAACUUUGAUACUCUUUUCAACCUUCUCGUCUCUCCUAAUCAGCGAAUCUCGAUCUUGAGCGUCCGAGACUGUGGGUUUAACCAGCCCAGGUUUAUGCAGACACUCCACUUCUUGGUUCGUCCUGGUUCUACGUCUCCUCUCAAGGGUGUUUAUGUCUUCGGUAAGAGCAAUGGCGCACCCAGAAGCAAGAAUAGAUGGCAAAGACAACGCGUUGGAGAAGUCGAGUUCAUCGAAGGGUGGGCCGAAACCGUCCAAGCCUGCGAAGGAAAGAUCGUCUUCGACAUCGGACUAUGCAAGGGGUCGAAGCACAUGACACUUUCGCCAUUCGAGGACGACUUGAAUGCUGUCGCUGCUGCGGCUGCUGAGAUCGAGCUUGGAAGUACCCCAGUUUCCGUUGGAUCCGGAUUUGCAUCGUUCGCGUGGUCGGGUCAAGAUUCGGAACAAAGCAGCGUCACAUCCACCUCUGCUGGAGAGGGCGAUUGGAUGCCACCACAAAUGGCACCAAAACUCGCGAACAAGAGAAUCUUGGGUCGAUGUGAAGGAUGCGGUACACCACCAACCGGGUGUUCUAGCAAGCUCUAUGGACCUGUUCCAAUUUUGACCAGCGAUAUCAAGAUUGCCUGUCGUCCACGUGUUGGAGAAAAGGUUGAGGUCGACAUGUGCGACGACUGCACAAAGGAGAGACUUUGCGAGUGCUGCGGUAAAUGGUGGUGCGAGAGCUGCUAUAGCGUUGGAAUGGGAAAGAUGGAGGUGUACUUCUCGAUUGCUAUGACUGCGGUAGAACCUGCUUUGAUUGCAAGAAAGAUACCAUGCGAAGCUGCAGAAGCUGCAAGACCAAUUUCUGCGCCCUUCACGACGUCGGCGCCUCCGAACUCUACUGCGAUUGGUGCCAUGUCUAGAAGACUACGACACAAAAAAGAAGGCGACAAUGGCUUCGCCGAAAGGCCGAGUCGGAACGAAAACGCAAUUCUCAAAACUAAAAUCCAACUAUCUGCUGCCGGUCCAGCUGGUACUCUCAACCAGAGUCCCAUCUGA